CAAGCAUCCAGCAGCCGGAGCCUCCUCAAGCUCACUGUUAUGGAGGUGAAGUGGAUUCACGUGUUGGUCAUCUUCUUCUUCCUGUUGUCUGUUGCAAUGACGGGCUGCUUUCUGUGGCAGUACACCCUCCCCAAGGUGGACCCCAGCCCAUCUGUGAUGGAAGUGAGAUCAGAAGCUGUGCAGAUGUGCCCCCGCUAUCCUGAACCAGUACCACUGGACCACCCAAUCCCCAUUCUGAAGGACGCAUUGGAGAAGGUAGAUAUGAUGCUGCGCCAAAAGAUUCAUAUCUCUGGUCUCCCUGCCAUGUCUGCCAUUGUUAUCUACAACGACACUGUGCUCUGGACAGGCAACUUUGGGAAGAAGAAUGGUUCGGACCCCUCCUCAGUGGUGCCCAAUGAGUACACUAUUUACAGAAUUGCCAGUGUCUCCAAGAUCUUUCCCACCAUUAUGUUGUACAAGCUGUGGGAGGAAGGAAAAGUCACAUCUCUUGAUGACCCAUUGGAACGUUACGCCCAGAACUUUGUUAUUAAGAACCCUCUGGGAAGGCUCAAGGAAUCAGAACAGAGAUACACAGCAGAUGGGCUGAUUUUUUUGGAAAAAGGCUCAAUGCCGUUUAAGCCAUCACCUGUUACCUUGCGCAGAAUGGCCAGCCAGCUCUCAG